AUGGGGAUGGAUGCCAGGACGGCUCGGGCGGCGGAAGAACGCCAACGCUUCCCUCCACCCGUCCGCCUGCCCGCGAGCCCCGUCCCCGCCACCCCACGGACCGGAAUCCCAGCACGCAGGCCUGGACGGCAGUUACAGAGCAGCUGGCUCCCGAGGUCGUCCACCUCCUGCUGCCUCCUGGCGCCUGGGUUACCUUCAGCGUCUCCCCUCCGCCUCCGGAGUGCGCUGCUCGGUGCAGAGGCCGUCGUCUCCUGCACUAGACGCCGGCCACGCUGCUCACCGAGCGCAGUGUGA